ACUGCCACAGGUAAACUUCCCCCUCUGCGCGGUGACGUCAAAGGGAUGGGCGGGUCACGUGGUCUGGUCAAGAGAAACCUGCGGUUUAAUGUUUCUGUAAUGGGAGAAACAAGAAGUGGGGAACGGAGCAAAGUGAAUAAGGUGAAUCUGCGUUCAUACAAGGUUUGCAUUCUGACCUGCAAGCCAAUGUAAGUCGUGUUGAGUGACUGCGUGUGAAAGAGGGACCAUCAGCAUCCUCAUGUCCUAUGGAGGAGGUCACCACGGACGCACUGAGCGUGUCCGCCAGUCGCCGCUUUAUGACCAGGUUCCCCAUGAGUCCUUACCCCCGGCCGAGUCGUACGACCUGCAGCCCCUGAAGGAGCAGAGGUCCCCCCGUCUGGCCAAGAGCGCCGACCCUCUCCCUCCUCCUCCUCUGCCGGACCAGCCCCCUGUCGGCCCCGAGUUCAACCCCAGCGACGGCGAGGAGGACACCGACCCGGAGCCAGACCCCGCCAUCGACAUCAAGCCAGUCCACCGGUUCAUCCCCGACUCCUGGAAGAACUUCUUCCGAGGGAGCAUCCGCAGCAGCAAGAAGGCGUGGUCCAUGCCCGAGUCCUCCAGCAACAACAACAACUGCACCACCGAGGGGGUGCGUUGCUCCCCGCCGCAAUCCCCCUCCCUCCCCAGGUCCUACCGGGACCCGUAUGGCGGCUCCGGGAGCAGCUACAACUCCGGCAAGGAGCUUUUAAACGGACAGGACGCCCAUGGGUCGGUGUCGGGCCACACGCAGCACACAGCUCUGACCUACAGCGAGCGGGUGGAGGAGUACCACCAGCGUUAUGGCUACAUGAAGUCGUGGGCGGGGCUGCUGAGGAUCCUGGGCUGCGUGGAGCUGCUGCUGGGGGCCGCUGUGUUCGCCUGCGUCUGCGCUUACAUCCACAAAGACAAUGAGUGGUACAACAUGUUCGGCUACAGUUCUCCUGGAGGAGGAUACGGCGGAGGAUACGGCGGAGGAUACGGAGGAAUAUAUGGAGGAUCGUACUACACCGGGCCCAAGACUCCGUUUGUGCUGGUGGUGGCGGGACUGGCCUGGCUGGUGACUGUGAUCCUGCUGGUUCUGGGAAUGACCAUGUACUAUCGCACCAUCCUGCUGGACUCCAACUGGUGGCCCCUGACCGAGUUUGUGUUAAACCUGGCUCUGGCCGUCCUAUACAUGGCAGCAGCCAUUGUCUACGUCACAGACACCAAUCGUGGAGGUCUCUGCUUCAACCCGGCCUUCAAUAACCCAAUAAACGGGGCUUUCUGCAGAGUAGAAGCCGGUCAGACCGCCGCCAUCAUCUUCCUCUUCCUCACCAUGGUCGUGUAUCUGAUCGGGGCCAUCGUUUGUCUCAAGCUGUGGAGGCACGAGGCCGCCCGCCGGUACCAGGAGCAGCACGGCCAGCAGAUGGUGCCUUCUGAGAUGCAUGUUGUGCAGUCACUUGCGGUUCCAGAUUCUGCUCCGGCCCCCAGAUUCCCAGAGCAGGUCCAAGGCUCCUCUGUCGUUCCCAUCCAAGCUGCACCCAAACCAUUUCCUCCAAAGGUCAUUCAGGGAGCCAUACCGUCAGGUCAUAUCCCCAAGCCGGUCGUUGUGCCUGAUUAUCUUGCGAAGUACCCAGCGAUCCGGUCUGAUGAAGAGCGGGACCAGUACCGAGCCGUGUUCAACGACCAGUACGCAGAGUACAAGGAGCUCCACACCGACGUGCAGGCCACGCUGAAGAGGUUUGAUGAGAUGGACGCCAUGAUGCGCAGUCUGCCUCAGAACCCCAGCACCCAAAUGGAGGUGGAGCGCAUCAACAAGAUUCUGCAGGAGUAUCAGAAGAAGAAAAAUGACCCGACUUUCCUGGAAAAGAAGGAGCGUUGCGAGUAUCUGAAGCUCAAACUGUCGCACAUCAAACAGAGGAUACAGGAAUACAACAAAGUCAUGGGGUGGAACGACGGAUACAGCUAAAGCUAGAGCUGCUGUCUGCGGCAGAGCGACUCCAGUGGUGGACAUGGGACUGAAAAGGCAAACGAAGCCGAUUAAAACUGAAAACAGGCGCUGACAGCUACUGAGGAUUUUUAAAAAUUUUAUCUGUUGUCUGUAAGAAGCGUUUUAAAAGCUUGCAAGUGGGAAAUGAAAAGGGCAAACAUGCUUCAUCAUUUCUGAAGAUGAUCGGAUUGGUUUUCAUGUUAUCGGCGAUCUCCUCAAAGCAGCUGGUCGCCACGGCUACAUGUAACGGUAAACAAAAUCUCCACAUCAGCACUUCCCAGAGCUUUUCUUCACCUCAUGGAAUUAUUCAAAUACAUUUCACUGCACUGUAGCGCACAGACACGGAAUAAUGUUCGGUGUUUGUGCGCCGAAUCUGUAAGAAUGAGAUUUUUUUCUAACUCUUACAGAUUAGAAAAGAUCGGGACUUGAUUUUCCCUGUUUGAAAUUUUUCUUUUUUAUAAUUUCAUUGAACAAAUUGCAAUAUGAGAAGAUACAGGAGCCAUCCAAUUACGUUUUUUAUGACUUCCCAUAAUAAACAUGACUUAUUUGUGCUGGGAAGACAAGUGACGCAACACUGCUGCAAAUCAGAGUUUUGCUACUAGUUUUCAAACAAAGUUAAAAUGGUCAUAGAGUUGAUACUGGAAACUUAAUAAACUGGAACUUUUAUACUCGCAUUUACUGUGGAAACCAUUAUAACUGAACAGCCGUCUUCAGUUUGUCCCUGCAGCAUAAUACAGCGCUGAUGCAGAUACACUUUCUGUAAAUUUCAUUCAUUCUUUCACGUUUUUGUUUUUCUUUUUCUUUUUUUUAAUUUUGACCAGUUUAUAUCUUCUAAAACAAAAAUAAUAGGUAAAAAAAAAAAUCUCUUGCUAGGCAUUUUUAUUGCUUACAUUUUAACAUGAUAGUAAGUCCCAGUGAGAAGAUACCCUUACAUUAAGCCUGACUAAAUACUGCAGGUUUUUGUGUUUUUGCCCUGAAUACACUGAAAUAUUUUUCAGACCAACAAAAGUAGAAAUCAUUCAACCCAAAAGGUUUGUGAACUUCACAUCGUUCUUUUACCAAGACAAAACGUCUCUAUUUCAGAUCGCCGAUAGUUUCUUUUCCACCAUGUGUUAUUUAAAUAUUGCAGGUUUGAUUUACUCCUAAACAAGUAAAAACUAGAAUUCACUAUAAAAUGUUUUUAUUACAAACAUAAUAAAAUAAUAACCAAUCAGUACUUUUAUCUUGGUGAUUUUGUUCCUCGGUGCAAAACGUUUGGACCGUAGAGAAAGUAGAUCCUCGUCUUAAGAUUUCUAAAACGGGCACCGAUGUUUCCAAAUUCACAAUAAACUAAAUUGUAGUAAGUUCAACCUUCCUGUAAUCCAUGCUGAAGUUAAAUUCUAAUGGUGAUAAACAAAGAAUGAACAGAAAAAUAAGGAAUAUUAAAAGUAAUCUGUAACAAUUAUUGAAAAGUUGCUCUCCAUUUAAACCAUUUCAUUUAAAUGUGUUGUGUUUUUUUUUUUUUGUUUUGUUUUGUUUUUUGCAGCUGUGAAGUUUGACUUGUUUUGAGGCAAAUUGUUUCUCAGGGUAUAAUAAUCUGAAAUAAUGCUGAUAGGAAGAAUUGGUUUGUUUCAAAGUCUGCCCCAGCACCGUGUGUGUGUGUGUGUGUGUGUGUGUGUGUGUGUGUGUGUGUGUGUGUGUGUGUGUGUGUGUGUGUGUGUGUGUGUGUGUGUCAUUGGUUGUGAACAAAUGUGAGGAAAAACCACAAACUCUUUGUUUAAACGUGGUCUGAAUAUGUUAUGUAAUACAUAUAUAUAUAUAUAUACAAUUAACAAUGUUGGACUGAUUGUAAAUGUAGCGAAAUUGUAGACUUUCACAAAACGCACUGCUAUCAGGUGAAAAUGUUUGUGUUCAAUCACUGGGAGAUCUUUGAAAACGUUUGCUUCUCUGGUUUCCUCCUCUUCAUUUCUGUGUAAAUGGCAGUUUGUGUUGUCUAUUUAAAAAUGUCCUGCUUUAAAUGACUGGCAGAAAACUUUUAACUUCUGGGAGGACUGUUUAACACUGUUCCUUUUCUUAAUGCAGCUCUGUCUUUUAAUGUAUAUAUAUCUAUCUAUAUAUAUAUAUAACAUUUGAUGUCUAAUACCAUUCUACCAUUUCAGAAAAUAAAAAUAAUAAAUGUUUUGUACUUUAUCACUUAAAAAUAUCUUGUUUAUGUAUAUUUCUGUUCUUUUUAACAUUUUAAGCAUCUAUUGUUUUUUUUGUUUUUUUAAUGUUUAAAUGAAAAUGUAACUAUGUGACAAUAAUGUGCUCUAAUUAACCACGCGAUGCCUUUACAUGCAGUCCUGCUGGUUUAUUUUGUUGUUUUUUUAUAUAAAUCUAAUGGACAAAUAUUAAUGAAAAACUUUCAUUUCUAUUUAAAGGACCAUUCAAAAUAUUAAAUCGGUGCAGCUUUAACGUGUUUAACCCUCUUGCGGUCUUAGCACGACACUCAAAAGACGCACAGCAGAUCUUGCGGUCGGACAGCUGGGAAGCACAGGAUUGUCCCAUCAGACUGUCAGUUCCCAAAACCACAUGCACAUGAAAAAAAACUUGUAAAAGUGCAACACUGCCUUAAGAUCACAGAUGGAUUUUAAAUAAAAUUUUUAAGUAACAUUCUUGUGGCAUGAUGUGCAACUUGAGCAUGUUAGGUUGGCUAAGAAGAUCGUUCUUCCACCUUGUGUAAACUGAGGUGUCUUGUAAUUGCAAAACAGCUUCUCUGUUGCAGAACAAUAAAUCAAAUGGAAUCAGG